CGUCACCAUCACCAUCGCCAGCCAAGGGCGAGCCGACGCCGAGCCGAGGCAUGUCAGCCUCUUAACACGUGCCAAGUUCGCAUGUUGUGACGGCUCGGAGACGGCCAAGGUGGGCAGCUGGGUCGUAGCCACGGGAGGCGGGGAACGGGCCACUUGACUGUUACGCUUGGACCAGGACUAUUCGUGGACAGGGGAGCACAUCUCACCUCCUCUGCUUGACCAAGGCCGCCUCCGCUGCACCUGCCCGUCCACUUGUGGUCAAGAAGCGUGCCGAGUCUGAGCCGAUGCCGAUAGAAGCAUGUGUUGGGCGCAAAGGCGGGCGUGAUGGCCGCGGUAGCGGCGAUGGCGAUGGCGUCGAGGGCCAGUCGAAGGCGCACAAGGCGAUGCGAAAAAGAAGGGGGAAGAAGGGGAAGCGGGAGCGGGGCUGGCGAGGAGGAGGAGGUGGUGGUGGUGAUGGUGAUGGUGAUGGUGAUGGUGCGUCGCGAUCAGGGUCGAGCCGCAGGCGUGGAAGGGGACGGGGACAAGGGCGGGGCCGGAGUCGGGGUCGUGGCCGGAGUAGGGAGCGGGGGCGGGGUCGUCGGGGACGAGGACGGGGGCGGGGUCAGAGGCGGGGUCGGCGCCCGCUUCAGCAACAGAUCGAGCCCGAUGCGGGCUUUCGCCCUGCUCCGCCGCUCCGCCACGAGCUGCGGGCGGAACUGAGCGGAUACUCGGACACGAUGUGGGACAACUGUGUAUGGGACGCGCUGUUUGCACCGCCAGAGAUGGUGGGCACAAGCCCGAUUGCUAUCGUCAAGCCGCCACCUACUGCGGCCGUCUGCCUUUUGUGGGCAGAACCGGACGUGAUGAGCGAGUCGCUGCGCGCUGCGGAGCUCCCGGCGCAUGACUUGCUGGACACGCUAUUUGGCGAUAUGGCUGCGAUUUGCAGAGCGUCGUUUGUGGCGCGCGAGCGUGGCAAGGGCGGAGCUCGCAUCUUGUAUCUCGAGCUUGGUUCGCCAUGGGAAGCUGCCGCUUUCCGGGCUGUCGUUCACAACACGCUCGUAUCGGAGCUUUCCUGUGCGCCGCUGGCAGUCGAGACUGUCGACGUUCUGCUGGCUUCAGAUGAGCUCGAGUGCAUUGAUGAGGCGCUCGCACCGACAAUGACGCCGGUGGGGAUGGUGCCCGACUAUGCUCUUGCUGCAACGAUCGAGGUCGGUCCGCACGUUACGACCGGCCUCGCAGAGCCGUUUCGCGCGACACGAACCGAGGUGAUCGCCUGGGCGCAUGCGCUCCGCGGCGAUCCGGCGACGGCGCCUGUGCACGAAAGCGGCAUUCACGAGCUGGUCGAGGCAGAGACCGAGCCCGACGCCGCGAGCGCCGCACACGCGCCGCUGCUGCGGCUCCCACAGGAGCUGUUGGUGGCAAUCCUCGUCCACACCAACGCACGGACCGUCAUCGCACUGGCGGGCACCUGUCGGACAGGUCGCCGCGUGGCGGCCGAUCCGUAUCUCUGGCGGCAGCUUUUGUCAGUACGCUCAUCCCGCAGUCGAUGCGGGCGCGGUUCCGCUCGCUGGCAGUGGUGUACAACGCAUCGGUGGCGACCCGUUGGCGGGCACUCUACGUUGCAAGCUACACCUGGAUGCAUGCUCUUUCGUUCUCACCGGUCUCGUUUGUGCGGACGCUCCCGCGGUGCAUCCCACCGGUUUUCCGGGCGCCAGGCUUUCCGUCGCGGUCGCCAUACGAGGUCGUUCCGCUGCGCGGCUCCGACCUGAUGCUCACGAUAUCGCGCGAGUUCGAGGUGGCUCUGUGGGACGCACGAAGCGGUGGGUCACAGGGCGCGCUCUCUGUGCUCAAAGCGGCGUCACGCGGCGGGACCGGGAUCUAUGCGCGGGUCUCGGUCCAUCCUGGGGUCAACGCGAUUGCGCUCCUCUCGCACGACGGGCGCUUCUCGCUGGUAGACCUUGAAGCUGGCAAGGUUGUUGUCGAUGCGUCGAUGAUGGUCUCGGCCUCGCAGGUGGUGGCUUACGACGUUGCUGGCGGCGACGUCGCUGUUGUGCUUCAGCGCGGAGUCAUCAAAGUGUUUGCGGUCGGCCCGGCCGAUGUGGCACUCGCUGCCGAGAGCUACGCCACUCAUCGGUACGCUACGCGGGUGGCGCUGAGCGGCAGCCACGUGGUCACCGCUGCACGUGACGAUCCUGCUCUACGGGUAUGGUCGCGGGCGAGCCAGCGUGUCGAGCGCCGUCUCCGUGGACACACCAAGGCGGUGACCGCACUCGCGCGCUCUGAUGAUGUGCCUGGUACGGUGGCGUCGGCGUCGGCCGACGGUACGCUCCGUGUCUGGGAUGUCGCUUCCGGACAAUGUCGGCACAAGGCUGUUCUCGGCCACACCGUCGAUCACAUUGCAUAUGACGCCGUGCGCGCCGUGGUUGGUUCCUCGCGCUCGUGCACCAUCUCGCUCGUCAUCCUUCCGCUCGGCUACGUCUCGUGCAAGCUCCGCUACCCGAUGCCGUCCACGUACCGGCCCAUUACUUCAAUAUCGUAUUCCGACCGUUGGAUUGCUGUUGCCGCCGAUCAGCUCCAUCUCUGGGCAGUCGAUGUGGUGGGGGCCGAUGAGGAGGAAUUGUUGUGAGUGGUCGCCAGCGCGUGUGAUGGCACAGUGAGCCUUUCUCACUUGUGGGCUGCCAAUGGCGGUGGCAUCAUGGUGUGUGCCAACCAAGUGGCGCUCAAUGCCAAUGAAUCCAGCCAGGCCACAGA